UUUUUACCCUUUUAGAGACAUUUUUUAAUUUUUUAUUUUGCACAUGGGACAACCCAAACGUCGUCUGUCGCUAGUCAGUUUUUAAAGGGGGAUGAAAAGGCUCAAGAGGAAGAAACAAAACAUAGGAGUUGGAGUGAAUGGGAAUGGAUCUGUCUCAAGAGAAUCUGACUGUGGGAGGAAACAGAAGUUUGCUGAGAUUCAUCAGGCUUUGAUCAGUGAUCCAGUGGACAUUGAGACCCUGAGGAGAGCUGCAGCCAGUAAGGGAGGACUGCUCACUGAUGAGCUGAGGAGGAAAGUCUGGCCUAAACUGCUGAACAUUAAUGUGUACGAGCUACCACAUAAACCUGGUCGAGAUGUGAGGAAGAACCACAAGGACUACAACCAGGUAGUCCUAGAUGUCAGGAGGUCCAUGAAGCGGUUCCCUAAAGGUAUGCCUGCCACGGAGAGAGCUGUGCUUCAGGAGCAGCUCAUUGACAUCAUACUGGUGGUUUUGAAACGCAACCCUCAGCUCCAUUACUACCAAGGGUACCAUGAUGUGGCUGUCUCCCUGCUGCUGGUAGUUGGGGAGCGGAUGGCCAUCGCCAUGCUGGAAACACUGUCCAAUUACCACCUCAGGGAUUUCAUGGAUCCUACCAUGGACAGCACUAAACACAUUUUGAACUACCUGAUGCCUAUAUUGGAACAGGUUGACACAGAACUACAUGACUUCAUGAUCAGAGCGGAGGUGGGAACCAUCUUUGCGCUGUCCUGGCUCAUCACCUGGUUCGGCCAUGUGCUGUCAGAGUUCAAACACACCCUGAGACUCUACGACUUCUUCCUGGCCUCACACCCACUGAUGCCCAUCUACCUCGCCGCUACGAUUGUGUUGCACAGAGAGAAGGAGGUGAAGCAGACGGAGUGUGACAUGGCCAUGGUCCACCACCUCCUCUCCCGCAUCCCCCAGGAUCUUCCGUACGAACUUCUGAUUGGCCAGGCGCAGGACCUGUUCGACCAGUACCCUCCAUCUCUACUGGCCAAGCGGGCCGCACUGCAGUCACGCAAGAGUCUGUCCAUCAGCACCUUCCAGGCAUUUCAGCUCUCCACCCUCCACCAGAGGCCUGACUCCGUUCUCCAACGCCUCACCAAGGCCCCGGGCUCCAGCACCUCCAGACACGGCCUGGAAGCGGCUUUGCCCCGGGACCGAGGCCAGCUGUGGGGGAAGGGGAACAGGAUGGUGAAGAUGGCAGUGUGGGGGCUGUCGGCUACGCUCGGGGCGGCUGUGUUCGCUGUGGCUCAGACGGCCAUGGACUGGGGACCUGAGGUGUUACUACAACUGUUCUGAUGUGGCAGCAGGGAUUUUGACUGUUCGGCGUACACACUGACACAUGGUGACAGCAGACACACAUCUGCUCUUCAGAUGGAUUAACUAUAACCACACAUACAAUACAUACAUAAACAAAGAUGUUGAAGACUUGAAGCUCAUCUCUCCUGCUGAGAGGGAGCAUUGGAGAACAGCAGGAGGAGGUCAGUUAUCUUGGUGCCAAACAGGUUGUUGCUACUCAACCACAAUGAACAUAUGUUCGCCACUAGCCAGCCUCAGGAUGUGUGUGCAUGUGUGUGUGUGGCGUAUGUGUGUUGUAUGUUUCGGAGCAUCCCAGGCUUCAUGCCACAUGUGAACAUGGAUGGUUAACUGAACGGGCUUACUGUCGUUUGACUGACUUUUCAAAAACAAAGCUUGGGGCCCUGGACCACAGCCUCUGUGUGAAGAGACAGGUAGAUAUUUCUUUUUGAAAAGUCAAUCAGAUGACCCCAAAGAGAUGCAAAACAACCAUUAAGAGACGCAAAAUGAUGACAAAACACACAAAGAGACACAGACUGACCAUAAAGAGGCACAAAAUGACUACAAAGGUCACAAAACAUCCGGAGAAGGAUACAAAAUGACCACAAAACACAUGAAAUGACUACAAGGAGACACAACAUGACCAUAAAGAAAAGCGAAAUGACCACAAAAUGACCAUAAAGACACAUAAAAUGACUACAAGGAGACGCAAAACAACUACUAAGAGAAACAACGCUCGGGGCCUGAGCCUCUGCGUGAUGACUGGUAAAAUUUCUCUUUGCAAAGUCAAUUAGACAAAGACGCAAAAUUAUGAAAAACACACAAAGAGAUGUAAAAUGACAGCCAAGGUCACAAAACAACCACAAAGGGGCACAAAUGGCCAGAGAGAAAUACAAAACAACCACAAAAAGACACAGAUCAACCACAAAGACACAAAAUGACUACAGAUACUCAAAAGAACCACAAAAGAGACACUAAACAAUUUCAAAGGGCUGCAAAGUGACGACAUAACGGUGCAAAAUGACUACAAAGGGAGACAAAAUCACCUAAAAGACACACAAAACAACCACAAAAGCUAAAAAACAACCACAGACUGACACGAAACAACCACAGGGAGAUGCAAAAUAACCACCAAAAUAGCCAAGAGACACAAAGUGACUACAAAGAGACAUGAACCUACAACGUGUACUUGUUUCGUGUCUCUUGGAGUCUGGGGCGCUGUACAGGGGGUGGGGGCUCUUACAUGUUUGUGCCCACUGUCUCAUAAUCCAUCCAUGCAUGUGAGACACUGUGCUUCUUCAGGCUGCUGCUGACGCAUCGUCAUUGGUGUAACGUUUCACAUACGUCUCUGUGUGUUUCCUGUCAGCUGGUUAUUUUGCUGAUAACUGUUUCAGGCCGUCAUGCUCGUUUCGUUGCAUUUCUCGUGACGGUGGAUUUUAAUGCGCUCGUUGGAUCAGCGGCUAUAUCUGAGAGCCAAAAGUGCCCGUAGCCAGCGAUGAUGACACAUGAAUACAAAUUAUUAAAGAGCGGUGUUUUCUGCUGAAAGCUUCCAGUUAUGAGCAAAGAAGCAGAGUGGGAGAGAAGUGGGGAAGAUGGAGGGAGAGAUUUAGCCUGCAAGCCACUGGUAUUAAUUGCUUUACUCCGAGUGGCAGCGAGGUACAUUUACAGUAACUUGAGUUUUGCACACAAGGAAAGCUUUUGCCACCCCAAAAUGUGACCCUCACACACGGCAGCAGGCAGCACUCAGUGCAUGCAGCGGGCCGUUUGCAGAUGCAUUUUGCAGAAGGUAUUGAAAUCCAGGUUUUUUUAAUAUGUUAUAUUUAUAUUUUCUGGAGCAGUUUUCUGUCUGUUGUUGCCACCACUGCUGAAUGAAUAUGAGGAAGACACCAGUACUUUUACAUCCUUAAAAUAUUUAGUAGGUUUGCGCCAACAUCCACCCUGAACAGCCGUCAACAGGCCUGCAGUACAUGUACUCAGUUCUUCUUUAACAUCAUAUUUCUCUUCAGCAUUUUUUUCUGUAAAUUCACUUUAAAAUAGGAUUUUAACUCUAAGGACUGAUUAUUUUGACAUAAGUCAAUAUAAUGAUAGUGGAAGAAGUGAACUCCCUACAAACUGUUUCCACCUGAGCUACGUACACAUGUACAGAAAAUGGAGGUUCUCCAAACAGCAAUGCAAUGCAUCAUAUUCUGACACAUUUAUCAGCUUUUACUAGCAUGUAGCCACGCUGCUGCAUAUGUGAACACAACUUCACUGGAGCCACAACACCCUCCUCCCUCCUCUCCCCCACAUCAUCAGAUCUGUAGUGAAUGUGUCACAUUUUUGCACAGCUGGAUUUGACGUUUACGCUGUUGAUUUCAGUUGUAAUUCAACUUGCAUGUGCUGUGUUGUGUACGAAAACACCGCAGUAAAUCUGUUGUACAAAUCUGCAGCUCUCCGUUAAGUCACAUUUUACAGCCUCAGGGCAAUCUAAGAAUUGCAGGGCUGGUUAAUCAAAUGAUCACUUCAUUAAAUAGUUAGUUGCAGGCGCUCUAGAGAAAAUACAAAUUGCUGGGAUAUUGAUUGGUGAUAAUCAGACAGUCAAUAAAUCAAUUAAUGGCCUGUAACUCAGGUAGUCGACUGGCCUGCAAGCCAGUUAGGAUUCAGACAUGUGGUCAGCUGCUGCGUGUUCCCAUUGUCAGUCAUGCAUUGUGUAAAACAUCAUGCGUGCGAUGUGACUAAAUGCAUUGAAUGUGUGUUUAUGCUUGUGACUGUGUGUGUGUGUGUGUGUGAGAGAGAGAUGGAAAAUGAUAGCUUUAAUCACAGGUCAGUCCUUUUAAUUUUUUAUGCACCUUCUGUUUUUUAUUUAUUUUUUGUUUUGGAGUUCAAGGUGCAUCAAUAUAAACUGUCAAUAGUCUAUUUAUUUUAACAGCAACAAUCUGAUUGGCUAUUUAUUUAACGGUUAAACAUUGAAUUGGGUUGUAUGAAUGGAUAUUCCAAAUGAACACGUGGGACAAUGAAAAUUAUGGUUUGUAAUUAUCACUAGUUUGAGGGUAAAAGGUGAUCCAGUAAUUGUUUUUAAUAUGUAGUACUGUAUCUGGUCAGGCAUUAUGAAUUAGACUAGAAGUUAAAGGAACAGUUUGACAUUUUUUGAAAUAAUUGCUUUCAUGCUAAGAGUUGGUGAUAGUUGCCACUCUCAUGUCUGCACGGUAAAUAAGAAGCUAUCACCAGCAGCCGGUUAGCUUAGCUUAGCAUGAAGGCUGAAAAUGGGCAAACAGCUCAUCUGGUUCUCUAUAAAUGUAGCAAAAUCUGCCUCCCAGCUCUGAAGUUCACUAAGUUACACAUAUCUCUUUUUUUUUUGUUUUGGUUUUUAAUCCCUCUAAAAACCAAAAUGUAAAAAAACGACAAGUAGAUUUAAUGGGGGUUACUUGCAGGACUAUUUCUUGGCCACGGUUCAAUCACAGUUUGGUUGCUAGGCAACCGGCAGAGACUUUAGGAAGUUGCUGUGCUUGGUAUGAAUCAGUAUGGAUAAAGUGGUGUGAAUCCUCUCAUCUAACUCUUGGCAAGAAAGCAAACAAGUGUAUGUUUAAUUAUUCUUUAAAAAGCGACUUUGCAAAGGAACUUUUACGGUCGUAUGGCGCAUGGUUAGCAUUCAUGUGCACCCUGCUCCCGUUACACAAACCGCUCAUUCUGCAGUGACGUGACCUCUGUUAUCACUGGCUGUACGUUUAAAGUGAUUGUAAUUGUGCCUGAUUGGAUACAGGCUAUUGAUGAAACUGUCUUAAUUGAUUUUCUGUCGGUUUUGCAUGUAAUCUAUUUUGCUUAUGCUUCAUCAGCUGCUUAAGACAUAAAUAUAUAGGGAAAUAGUCACUUGACCAGGGUCUGUGAUCUUCAAACAUAAGUGAAGGCGUAACUGUGCGGUUGUAUUAUUAGUGCCAUGUGGACCUAUACACACACACACACACACACACACAAACACAAGCACCCCUGCAUGAAGAGAGUGGUGGUGGUGCCAGAUCUUAAUGAGGAUUUAAUUCGUGCCCCUGGCUGUUGGCGUGCUGAAG